GGGAUACUCGCCAAUUACACAGAUUUUGUAGUUUGACGUCUUGAAGGCCGGCGGUACUUGUCGGAUGAGCAUCCAUAUAUUUCCUACACAAUGUGGUGUGGAUCCCUCGGGAAGCGAAAUAUCAACUACAGACAGCCUUAUUCAAGAAUUUCAAGAAUUCGAAGCACAAGUAUAUUCUGGUGCGUUAUUCGAACAAAAAUGCAGAACUAGUACUCCAUCAAAUAAAAACGUGGAUUCUUCACCAAGUCAAAUGAACAAUAUCUCUGCAAUAAAAUUUGACCCGUGUUCUCGAGGAAUUUGUGCCAAGCAGCAGUUGAAGAAUUGUGAUCCGAAUGAAGUUUCUGAUGUUGAAGUAGACAGUUUAGAUGAUGAACCAGUGAAUUCUACAGUCCAAAUCAAUGCAUCAUCAGAAACAAACGGAUAUGUAUUUGAAAACAAAGACAGUGAUUCUUUUAGUAAUCGCUCAAAGCUUUCACGUAUUCCACAGCUGAUCAGAUCCCCCAAUCGUUCCCUUAGUCAGUCCCUUAUUUCAAACAAUCAGGAGGCAGUGAAAAAGACUGCGUCUACAAUAUCUCGCCACAGUAUCCCUUCACAGAUGGAAUUUCCUGUCUUACAGUCAGCUGCCAACACAACAAGGACGACUAGUAAACACCAUGUAUCCAAUUCUGACUUUAUUAAAGCAAAACAUCCAGGAAGCAACCAGUAUUUCGUCCCAAAUUUACUUACAACAUCAGAUGUGACGGAAAGCAAUCAAAAUUAUCAUUUAACAACACCUCUCCCCAAUCCUCCAUAUGCACAGCCAAGUUUAUCAUUCGAUUCAAUAAAUAACUCAAAAUCAUGCAAUAAAACUGGGGUACAGGUCACAGUUAAGAAGCUAGAUUCAUCAUCUCCGUCUAUAAAUAAUUUGGAUCUAUCUAGUCUGAAUAAAAUAAAUAUGGAUUCGAUUGCAUCGUAUGCUCACGAAGAUCCCAUUGAGACACAUGAUCUAGUUGUAGCUAAAAUGGCUGCAGAUGGAGUAGUUUGGGUACCAUCUAACGCAAAUCAUUCUUCCAUUAAUACUACAUCUGCUGAAAAAAAUGAGGUUCAUCAAUCUAUUUUACAGAAAACUGAUCAAUUGAGAUGGUAUUCCGAGGAAAUCGAAGAAGAGAAAAUAAAUGAUAAUCCUAUUGUUAGAAGUAAUUCAGUCGCUGAGUCUCAUAACUCAAUGAAACACAAUUCAUCCACUAUCCAUAAUAACCCUACAAGGGAUAGUAAUGUAAAUGAAGCUCAUAUUGAAGUUGCACAAUCUUCAAACUUGUCUUGUCGUUCAUCAUUUUCCUCAAUACAAAAAGUGUUCAACUCUUCUAAUUGUAAUUUUAAAAAUUCACAAAUGGAUACAACACCAGAUACCUCUUCAAAACAAGUUGAAUUAGAGGCAAAAUUAGAAGAAGCUAUGAUUAUUCGUAAACAACAAGAUGAUUAUAUAAAACAAUUACAAAUGUAUUACGAUAAUCUGUUAACGAAACAUGCUCUAGCUGAAGUUACCAUAGAUCAGUUACGUAUGGGAAUACGCGUAGGAAUUGAUGUAAAGAAUCCGAAUGAUUCAUCAGCUCAGAAUGUAUCAAAUAAAACAAGAUCUCAUAGUAUGCAAGCACUACAUUAUAAUAUUAAUAAUAGACGUGUAUCUGAUGAAAGUUAUGCUCAGGUCAAUAGUGGUUAUCAUCAGACUAGAAAUAAUUCUAGUAAUAAUAAUAAUCUACAUUAUUCGUCAACACCUUUAUUAGAACAACAGAAAAAUCAAUUAAAAAGAAACUCAUCAACACAUGAUACAAGAAUUUUAUCAGUAACUUCUGAUAGUUGGGAAACUGGACUGGGUAGUAUAAGUAAUUCUAGUCAAAUUCAUUGUCAGAAUGAUUUGCCUAACAUAAAUAAUUUUGAUAAUCAACAAUCUGUUUGUCAUAAUCAAGAUCCUAUCACAACAAGUAGUAAUAAUUGUAUACUGGGUCAAAAUCACUUCAGAAAAUCUUCUGAUCCUUCUCUGUCUUCUGGCAAUGACAUUUGUUCUCGUUUUCACAGUGAUCCAAUGAAAACGUCUAUCAACUCAAGAAGAAACACAAUAGCAAAUUCAUGCUCUCCUGGUCAACAACAGAAACACCAAAAUCAAAUGAAUUUAUCAUCGUCAUCGAACAGAAAUCACAAAUCUUCUGUUUCGGAAUCACACGAUGGAUGUACCAAGAAUGGAGUAAUUAUGAACGAAGAGUUUGAGAAUAUACCCAUGAAUAUAAAUCAUAUUAGUAAUCAAAAUAAAAAACCAGACUGUCCAAAAGAUUCAAUAAAUAUUAUUCAGCACUCGCAAAAAGCCGUCUCCACUGUUGCCUCGCCAUUAGUCAACGAUACACCCGAUUUAGAUGACGAUAUGGUUUGUGGUCCUGAAGCUAUUCAAAUGGAAUUGCUUCUACGUGUUGCUGACUUACAAACACGUUUGUCUACAAUGGAAUUGUACGCAAAUGAACAUCGAUUUAUUCCUGAUGCAGAUUUAGUCACAAUGCAGUCGGAUUAUGGAACAUUGAAAAGUUAUUAUGAUUUAGCUAAAGUUCGUUGGGGUAAAGACCCUCAGUUUGAUGUCAAUAAAGUAUUAAUUGGUGAAUUAAAUCACAUGGGUAGUCAGUUGGAUAAAUUAGGAAGUUAUGUAUUAAAUAGUGUUGAAACAAUAUCAUCUCCAUCAUCUACAAAUUCAUCACCUGCACCACUUCCAACUCCACAACCAACUUCCAUGUCUAUUUCUGAUCUACCUGUAAAUUGGAAAGACCUAAAUUUAUUUAAAAAUUCUGGUCGCAUACCUUCAGGUGAAAAUAAACCUAUCAAAAAUACAACAGAUAGUGGUGUUCUAUCAUCUCCAUCUUCUUUACCUAGUCGUUCAGACCACGGUCGAUUAUCCUCUGUAUCUCCAUUACAUUCUCCAAUUGUUGAAGAUUCAUUAUCGGAACUUGAGAGUGUAUAUAUUGAAUUGAUGCAACAUUACAAUAAGAUUAAACAGCUUCCAAUGACUGCUUUUCGAGCUGAACAAUUGUACAAUUUGAUGAAGCGUUUAUAUGAUUUGGCGUUAACUGCUUAUGAUCGUUCUAGUAUUAUUGCCUCACCAGAUGAAUUAGAACGUAUUUUCCAAUUAGAUGGGGAUACCAGAAAAUUAAGUGAAAAUUUAGAACGUGCUAUUGCUUUACAAGAACAAUUAUCGAACUAUCAGAAUUUUCAUAGUUCUGAAUCGAAUACUUCAUCACCACACAAAGAGGUUGUUCCACGGACGAGUGAAAUAAACGAUAAGAAAGCUAAUCUGCCUAAAGAUAAGAGUACGACUAAAUUAUCAUCAUCUGUUUCAUUAUCGUCGUAUUCCAGAAGAUGUGAUGCACAAAAUAAUAAAAAGAAUUCUAUUCAUUCACAGUCAUUCACUUCACCUGACUCAUCAUCCAAUCAGGAUAGUGGUCUUUCAACACCACCUGAAAGCUCUGAUGGUAUGAAACAUGAUGAAAUAGAUCAUCAUAAUCAUCAUUACCAACAAAAUGAAUCUAACCAAUUACCUAACCAUUAUCAGACUUGUUAUCCAUCUUCUUAUCAAACUUUAAGGCAUAAAACACCACCUAAUAAUAGUAAUUCACAAAUAGAUCAUUCAUUUGAUACACCAAAAUACGACCAUUCUGAUAGUGGUUUAACAAGAACACAUCCUCAAACAAUUCAACCUAUACAACCUAUUAAUUGUGAUAAUAGAAAAUCACCUAUUAACACAUCUUCAGUUGAAUUAAAUCAUCCAGUCUUUAAUAAUAAUAAUGAUAAACAAGAUAAAAAGAUAAUAAUGGAAAAGAAAUCACCUGUUUCAUAUUCUUCAACAUUAUCAUCCAGUCCAAGUACUAAACAGCGAAUAAAUGAUCUUGAGAACGGUGUACGUUUAUUGAAGGAGAAUCUUGAAAAUCUUUGUUUAAAAGCGGAAAAUGGUGCACAAAAUGGUAAUGUGGAAUAUGGAAAAUCAAUUUUCAUUCAAAAAUCUUGUCAAUUUGUUUCACCUACAUUUUGUUCGCGUAAUAAUCUUCCGUCACCAGGUGUAAAGAAUUCAGAUAGUUCUGCAUUUCCGCAUCUUAUCAAUAGUGGCUCUCCUUUGAACAUCAAUAAUAAAAGUGUUGGUGUUUAUGCAUCAUCUGAACUACCGAACACAUCAUCAUUAUCCAUGCAAGGUGUUUACGAAAAGAACCUCGUUGAGAAUUCGAAUAGCAGAAGAACAAUAGUUCCACCUGGUCGAGUGUAUCAUAGAACAGUAGAUCGAAGGUUAGUAGUACGUGGUCAGGAAAAUGAUUGCGAUUAUUCAUCUAUUAAACCUCAAACCAACAAUAAAGGAUAUGUGAAAUCAAAGUCGAAUCGACCUAGCAUACGUACUUUGUCUAAUAAUAAUUCACGUCAAAUUUCACAUCAUACUGGCAAUUCUAGAGAUUUCAGCUGUUCUAGAAUAGUUAAUUCUUCACGAUCCAACAACAAUGCAACUCAUUAUUCAAGUAAUGGUUUAAAUAGUUCAGUUAAAUAUUAUUCUACUUAUCAAUUAAGUGGAUCACAUCAAAGUGAUUCCAGUAGCAGUAAUGGUAAUAGUUGUACAUCAUCAGUUAGUAGUGAAUACUCUACAGAAGAUUCACCUACUAUUGCUUCACAUAUUUCAUCAAGUGUAUCUUCCAGUUCUAGUGAUGAUAAUUUCAAUUUAAAUCAUUCUUCAAGAUACAAAGUGAACAGUAAAUCAUCGAUGCCUGAAUCUAAUUGGCAACGUAAUGCAUUACCGACUUCGUCUGUUUCGAAAUCAAAUAUACGUGAUGAACAGUCGAAAUCACAUAGAAAAUAUCAUCGGUCAACAAGUCUUUGUAAACCAUCGGAUUCUUAUCGUACGCCACUACGAUCUGUAACAAACAUUCAUGACAAUUACGGCUCUUUAAAUCGUUUGAAUUCUGUCCCUUUUAAGAAAUCUGCAUCGAGUAAUCCUUCGAAGUCUAAAUUUGUACAUAAUCUAACAAAUACGUUUGGUGGUUCAGUACCCGUUGUAGCCAAUCUGGACACAUCGUACGAGCCUGCUAAUCUCCAACCAGGAAAGCAACAAUCAUUACGUGUAUAUACAGCCUUUGAUAGUAUUCAAAGAAGACCUCAAGUUCCAUUUCAACCAUCUUUAUAUUUCUACCCUUCGACAGAACGAAUUCUCUACUCUCAUCCUGCUCAAAUACCAUCUAUACACCUUCCUAAUAAUCACCAUGAAGGUGUUUUGUUUUCACCACGAAUCCCUUCUAGUUUAACCCAUACCUCCGCUUCCCGUUUGAGGACAACAUUAUGCGGUGCUUGUGGUGGAAGUGGUCAAGUAUUAAAUAAUUCUAAUGAUGGGAAUCCUCUAAGUGGUCGUUUAAUUGAACCUCCCCUUAUCCGCCCAAAUAUUAGCUUGAACCCGUUAUAUCGAAAAACGCUAUCGUCAGCAAGAACUAAAGAAUCUCGUGCACGUCCUUUAAGAGCUACACACCCUUGUGAUGAUAACUCUUUUUUACAAUCAUUGCCUUCAAAGUAAGUAGAGUUCUUUUUUUUUGUUGACUAUAUGUUGCUUGCCUACUGAUCAAUGCAAGAAAAUUUUAUCUUCUCUUUGUUAUUUCAACUGUUUUGCUUGUUCAUUUGCAUGCUUAAUGUUUUUUGUCUGUUUUUGAUUCCACUGUUGGAAUUACUGUCUUGAAUAAUAAUUGACUUGCAUUCGCUUGCAUUAUAUUAUAUGAAUAAAUCUGUUCUAUAUUUGUUUCUGCUAAUUGUAUGUUACAUUAAUUCUUAUGUAUAUAUGUUAUGUUUUAACCUAAUUUGAUGAUUACUUGUUUUUCUUUGUAUCUUCGUAUUUCUAAACAUAUGGAGCUAAUUAUUAGGCUUAUUUUCUGUGAUAAUCCCAAUUUAAUAAUACAUCCAUGUGUUUUAUUCCUAUCUGAGUUUCGACACGAAAUAUUUAUUCGUUGUUUUUUUUUGGGGGGGGGGGGCAUGAAAUUUGUUUUGUCUUGAUUAUAUAUAAUUUUAUUAGCUCCAAGUGCUCUUUUUCACUUAUUUACCUACCUGAAAUGAUGUAAAGUUUGUUUUCUUGUGGGUUCAUGACGCUUUGUGUAUUGAUAUACUGUCUAACCUGUAUUUUAGAGAUUUCUUCGCUAUCUGGGAUAAUAUUUCUUACAAUGAGUAUAAUUUGUAUUUUGAAACUGAAUGUUGAAUAGAAUUACUAGUAGUUAAGCUAUAUUUGCUUAUUACGGAUUUUGUUUGAAAAGGAAUUUUUCCAUAAACGUGAAAUGGAUAGAAUCUGGAAUUGGUCAGUUUGCUGUAUUUAUACUAUCGUAUGGUUGACUGAUUCCAGUGCAUGUGUUAUUAUUUGAUGUUAAAUAAACUAUAUCGUUUAUAAAUUAUGUAAUUCAUUGAUGAAGCAUUUUGUUUGAAAAGCUCAUUCAAUUAGUUUGUUACCGUAAGAAAUAAUGAUAUAUUUAUGUAGACUAUUGGUCAUUAAUUGAUAAUUGGGAGUUGUUGGUUGAAUUGAAUGGUGGAUAAAAAAAAAUUGAUCUGAAUAUUUGUUUUUUUUUGUCGGUCCUAUACAGUUAUUAGCAAGAUGUGUAACAACAUACGCCAUUGUACAUAUUGUUAGGUAAAUUUUAAUAUUAAUACUCCAAACUCUAAAGAUCGUUUUCUUCUAUUUCUUGUCGUAGUCUUUGCUUAUAUGCUGUUUCCACUUCUUUUCCAUGAAGCUAAUUUAAAGGAAUAUCGAUAAGAAUGAACUCAUCAGGAUAAUAAAGAAUGUGUUUUCCUUAAACAUGUCUUAGGCGAAAUUCAUUCCAUUCUGAUAGAUGAUGAUGAAUAACUAGAAAUGCAUUGAAAGUAACUUUGGAAAUAUAAGUAUAUUUUAGUUUCAUUAAAAAAAUCUUUAUUCGUAAACCACUCGUUCAUCGAUGCCACUCAGACCGAGUACUUCUCCACUUGUUAUACUACAACUGUCAUCAGCUAUCUGAUGCAACGUAAGGUACUUCAUAAAAACUUUCAUCUUUACCAUUUUUCAUACCGAUUUCUCGUUAAACAUACUUGUUUUUUUUUCAAUCGAAUGAUUAUUUUGCUCGCAAUUGAUGCAUGUUUACGAAAACAUUUACCUACAUUUUAUGUAUGUUGUUAUUUUGAAUAGUGUUUUUCAAAUCAUAAACAAAUUUCAGACGAUUGAAAAUUACCUUCACCCUGAUUAAGUAGCUAAUUGAUUAACUAUAACUAACCAUCUUUUCCAUACUAUUUAGCAUUCUAAUUCAUAUUGUAUCCCGCUGUAUUUUUGAUUGAUUUGGUAUUAUUGCUUUGUUUGUUUGUUUUUCUUUUCUUUUUUUUAAAAAAAAGCCUGUUUGAAAAUGAAAAUACUUGUAGAAAUAUCAUUUUAAAUCCAUCUACUUAUUAUUAUGACUAUGAACGAACUGAUCAAUCUGCGAGAUUGGGAUCACUGUCUCGAGUUAAUAAACAUUCUC